AAGAGUCCAAAUUGCAGGCAUAAAUCAGAAUUGUGGGCAUAAAUGGUGUUUGGACAUGGCGGAAAAAGCAGGAAAAGCAGAAGGGAAUCGGAGCAGAGAGAAAGUAUGCAAGAGAUGCAAACAGAUUUACGAUUCAGCUUCUAACAACUCAAAUUCAUGUCAAUUUCAUCCUUCUUUCUUUGUGUGUCGCCGUCACGACGAUCAGAAAAGGUAUUACGAACUAGGACCAGAUGAUCCUCCUUAUGCUGCCAAGUUUUAUGAUUGUUGCGGAGCAGAAGAUCCUCAAGCAAGUGGUUGUACCACCAAUUUCCAUGUUUCAUAUGAUGACGAGUAGGAAGAUUCUCAUGGUUUGUUAUGUAACCUUUUCUGUAAUUAGAAACUGUGUCUGUACCUGAAAGAACUUUGCCCUUUGAUCUGAAAUAGACAGUCUCCACAUGGUCUAUGUAAUUAUAUACAGAAAAAUAAUGUUCGACGUUUCUGGGGAUUAGGUAAUGCUCAGCCUUACUGAUAAUCGUUACGAUAUAGUAAUAGUUCCAACUUUGAUCACUACAGUACACAUUGUUAUCUUCUUGGCUUAACAAAGAUGCCAAAUGAAA